AUGGGAAAGAUCAGUACCAAGGAUGCUAAAGACAAGAUGCGGCACAAGCCGCUGUAUAAAGAUAUCACAGAGACAGGCCAUUUGAAAGUUGGAAAACGCUCGAAGCACGAAAAGACAGGCGAGGACGAUGCAGAAGAUGAUUUUGUCCUAGAUGCUGCUGCCUCUAGAAAGGUGCUGAAGCUCGCGAGAGAGCAGCAGGAGGAGAUUGCCCUCGAGGAAAACCGUUUACAAGUGUCUGAGAAGCCGAGGUUUCAAAUGAUUGCGCACGAAUCUGACGAUUCGGACGAUGACGUAGUCUACGAAGAGAUGUCCGACGAUGGUGAAAACGAAUACUACGACGAGGACAUCGAGGAAGUAGACGAGGAAGACGUGAAAUUGUUUGAGUCUUACUUCAAAUCGGACAAUAAUGCAUUUGGCAGCUUCAAUCUUGCUGACAAAGUCAUGGCCAAGCUACAGGAAACCCAACAGCAGAAGACGGAACAGACAGAGAGACCCCAAGACAAAGUCUUCCUUCCACCAAGAGUCAUAGAGGCCUAUGAAAAGGUUGGACAGAGUCUACAUGUAUGGAGACAUGGGAAGCUGCCUAAACUCUUUAAAGUGCUUCCCAGCAUCAAGAAUUGGGAGGAUCUGAUUUUUGUGACGAAUCCUGAAGCAUGGACUCCGCAGGUGACGUACGAGGCCACCAGACUACGGAUGCACAACAAGAGAGGCAAUGAUCGUGGGGUCAAUCCUAACCAAGUGUUCGAUUCCUGUCCAACACUCUGCUGUGGCGCUUUCGUGGUUAUUGCAAAAAGACUUCAACCCAGCAACCACCGUGUUCAUCCGAAUUCUAAUCGAGAAAAAGUACGCCUUACCAUACCAGACCAUCGACGACCUAGUGUUUUAUUUCAUGCGCUUCCGUGUGAUCACAGAAGAAACAAGAAAUGA